AUGGCUUCUUUGAACAAACUCCCGAUUCAUUUACUCAUUUCAUUAAUCCUCUGUUUCUUCUCCUCACAUAGCAUCAAUGCAAACGAUGACAUCUUAGACAUAGCUUGUGAAAAAGAUAAGGAAUGUCUCGACUACAUUAAAGCCGAUAAGGUACUAGCAGCAGCAACAACAACAGAUUUGGACCUCGGAUUGGCACUCAUGAAAUCAAUCGUAGCUCAAACAAAGACAACACACGACUACGUAUUAAAGAAAAAAAUUGAAACUCCUGUGUACACCGAAUGUGAAAAGGAAUGGCUCGAUAUGGGACCUAAUUUCCAAUUGAUUUUAGAUAGAACCGCGAAAAAUAAAGGAUAUAAAGACGAUACAGAUGAUUAUGAUUUUCAUAAUGUUGGCGAUGCUUCGGAUCGAUGUAAAACAAGUUUAAAGAAUGCUAAUAUUAUUGAUCCUGAACUCAAUCGAAAAUCACAUGAAUUAGGACUAUUGAUGGUUGUUGCUAAUCGUUCAUUGACACAUCUAAGUCAAAAGAAACGGGGCCUAAUUAAAUAA